AUGGCGCCGGAGGAGGAUCUGAAGAAGCGCAUGGCGCGCAAGUUGACCAAGAGGAGAAGGGAGGGUCACAAGGUCACUGUCGAGCUUCCGGAGCGAUUUCGAGAUGGCGACGACGUGGAGGAGGACUGUACAGCCAUGCAUGGCGCGAACGCGUACAUGAACCAGUCUGUCUUUGGCAUGAUCGCGGCUGCUGGAUCCCAGGUCGACUUCAAUGCUAGAUUCGAUGGACAGUCGAGCGACGAAGACGAUGAUUCGGGAGAACCCUCCUCGCAGGCCUCCGACUUACAGGUAGACAAGCCUCGACGGGGGAAGAUAUCCCCCAAACCAGAGCGGCAUCACAGACGAAAGUUCUCGGAGAACAGACUUCUGCGAUCAAUAUCUGGGUUGGGGUCCAAGUCCAAAUCGAAAUCCUCCCCAAAACGAUCCGACACUUCCACACCCGAGUCUCCCAGCGAAUCUAAAACCCCCGGAGCGCAAGAGUCUCGAAUACACUUUAAUCAUGCACCCGUUAUGAGUCGAAUGCUUGAAGCGCGUGCAGAGUUAUCUAUGAGGCCAAGUUUUGACCUGCAGCGGACACUGGAUGGUCCUACGUCAAUGGAUGAUUCCGAUGAAGGAGUAUCUAGCAGCCUGGCCAAGAGACUCCAGGAGAUCUUCCAGUUCGAAAAAGCUGAAGAUGUGAUAGAAGAAUAUCCCUGCUGGCUAUUAAAGAGCGUUCUCCUUCAAGGUUAUAUGUACAUUACGACCAAGCACAUUUGUUUCUAUGCAUACCUACCCAAGAAAUCUAAUGAGGUUGUCAAGUCCGGAUACCUCUCUAAAUCGGGUCGACGAAACCCAAAAUUUAAUCGAUACUGGUUCCGACUUAAGGGCGAUGUCUUGUCUUACUACUCAGAUCCUUCCGACUUAUACUUCCCAAGCGGCAAUAUAGACUUGCGUUACGGCAUUUCAGCGAACGUUGUGGAUAAGGACAAGGGCAAAGACGCAACACAUUUUACAGUCGUCACACAUCAGCGGAAAUACAACUUCAAGGCGGACAGCAUACCGAGUGCCAAAGAAUGGGUGAAGGCUCUGCAAAAGAUUAUCUUUCGCUCUCACAACGAGGGUGAUAGUGUUAAGAUAUCAUUGCCCAUUGAGAAUAUCAUCGACAUUGAAGACAGUCAAAUCGUCGAUUUCGCUGAUACUUGCAAGAUUCGUGUCAUCGACAAUGAUGAGACUUAUGCAAUUGACGAGUACUUUUUCUCCUUUUUCAGUUUCGGGAAAGAAGCCUUGAAUGUUCUGAAGAUUCUGGUAGAGGAUACGACAGCUCAACAGAUCCCUGAUCACAUGCUAGUCCCACCAACGGUCGAUGGAACCCAUAGCCCAAAGAGUGCUUGCAGCUCAAAACGUACCUCUAUGCAAUCCCCUAGGGAACACCGGCCGCCUGCCCCUCCGCCUAUCCGCACUACGACGCCUCUUCUUGAGGAGAGUGUCAGAGCAACUCUGUCACCAAUCGGUGGUCCAAGUCCUCGUCCAAGUGCAGAACUUAGCCGCGCAAGCUCUGAUGCUUUUCGAAGGAGCAUGGACCUGAAGAAUUUUGGCAGGCGAAGUGUAGACCUCAGCAGACUGAAUAUGGAUGGUGCUGGACCUCGCAGUGCAAAUACAAGCCGACGAAGCUUUAGCAGGAAUCGUCUGGAAGGGGAAAAGAGGCCAUCUGAAAAGCAAGGAUCAUCCGACUCUUAUGUGCAUUCGCUAGAAGAACCUGGAUCCUCAGGAGCUUUACCUUCCGCAAGCGAUGAAACUCAGGCUUCGGCAAGCCAAAUAUUAAGGGAUUCGGACGUGUUCCUGUCGCCAACUAUUCGGCGGUCAGCAUCAGCCUCUCGUUGCCUGGACCGAGAGGUACCGGGGAACGUCGACUCAAGGUCUGAUUCACCGUCGCGGAAUACAGUAAAUUUGGGGACUGUAUUACCAAGAUCCAAAAGCACUAACACAGUCGCACACGCGGAAGCUUCUCACGCAAUUCCGGCUGAGCCUUCAGCCUCGGCACCGACAUUGCAAAGUCUUGUAAAGGCCGGAUCAUAUCCAUUGCAACGAGCUGCAGGCUUUGCAGGAUAUCUCAACAAGCACUCGAAACGCAUGAGUAACCUACUGGCCACGGAAUCGAUGGGUUACGUCGAGAAAGUAUCGGGCAUGUGGAAAGGAGGCAAGAAGCAUUACGAUGAACCACAGGGCCUUGCGCCAAAUGAUGACUUAUAUGACGAUGCCGACGAUGAGCAGGCCGCCGGAUCCGGCGAUCGAUUCAGAGAUCACUUCGCUCUACCCGCUACGGAGAAACUCCAAGCUGCAUAUUUUGGAUUCUUGCAUCGAGUCUUACCGUUAUAUGGCAAAAUCUACAUCAGCGACAGGUCUUUCUGCUUUCGUAGUCUUCUACCUGGCACAAGAACUAAGCUCAUCCUGCCACUGAAGGACAUCGAGAACGUAGACAAAGAGAAAGGGUUCCGAUUUGGCUAUUCUGGCCUUGUUGUGGUGAUUAAAGGCCACGAAGAACUUUUUUUCGAAUUCAGUCAGCUGGAUACUCGAGACGACUGCGCCAUUACCCUCCUCCAAAAUUUGGAGACUAUGCGGUACCUCAAAGAAUCUGGAUUAUUAACAAUGGAAGAGAAAGAGAGCGCUGAAAAUGCCAGUGCAGAGCACAAAGCCCUCCAGCAAGCUAGGUACGAAGGUCACGCAGAACACGAUGUCCAGAUGCCAAAGACUGCAGAAGAAGUCAGGGCUGAAGCACCGGCAAUAUUGUUUGAUGACCCUCGAGCUUCGAUUCUCAAUUUCAAGCCGAACGAGUCUCUACGGAUUACUUGCUUAACCAUUGGAUCACGCGGCGACGUCCAGCCCUACAUUGCUCUAUGCAAAGGAUUGCUUGCCGAAGGACACAAACCGAGGAUAGCCACUCAUAGCGAAUUCAAGGUCUGGGUUGAAAGUUAUGGCAUCCAAUUUGAGCCGGUAGCCGGCGAUCCUGCCGAAUUGAUGCGAUUAUGCAUUGAAAAUGGCAUGUUCACGUAUUCAUUCCUGAAAGAAGCAUCAGGAAAAUUCCGCGCUUGGAUCGACGAGCUACUUACAUCUGGCUGGAAAGCUUGCCAGAACUCCGAUAUUCUGAUAGAGAGUCCAAGUGCCAUGGGCGGUAUCCAUAUUGCUGAAGCCUUGGGUAUUCCGUACUUCCGAGCAUUCUCUAUGCCGUGGACGAGGACACGAGCGUACCCGCAUGCGUUUGCUGUCCCAGAGCAUAAAAUGGGCGGGGCGUAUAAUUACAUUACAUACGUUAUGUUUGAUAAUGUAUUUUGGAAAGCUGUCGCAGGCCAAGUCAAUCGUUGGAGAAAGAGGGAGCUAGGUCUGCAGGCAACGAACCUCGAAAAGAUGCAGCCGAACAAAGUGCCCUUCUUAUACAACUUCAGUCCCUCAGUUGUUAUUCCGCCACUCGAUUAUAGUGACUGGAUUCGAGUCACUGGCUAUUGGUUUUUGGACGAAGGCACGGCCUGGACACCUCCGAAAGAAUUGUCAGACUUCAUCAAGAAGGCUCGGGAUGACGGCAAAAAACUAGUCUAUGUAGGUUUUGGGUCGAUAGUUGUUCAAGACUCCGCCGCAAUGACGAAUACGAUCAUCAAAUCCAUUCUGAAGGCCGACGUAAGAUGCAUUCUUGCCAAGGGAUGGUCGGAUCGUCUCGACAAGAAGGAUGCCAACGAAAUCGAGGUUCCUCUGCCACCUGAAAUCCUUUCCAUCAAAUCAGCUCCCCACGACUGGCUGUUCAAGCAGAUCGAUGCCGCUGCUCAUCACGGCGGCGCUGGGACCACAGGUGCCAGCCUGCGAGCUGGAGUCCCUACCAUUAUCAAACCUUUCUUUGGCGAUCAAUACUUCUUUGGCUCGCGUGUUGAGGAUCUAGGAGUUGGUAUCCACCUCAGGAAACUGAAUGUUAGUGUCUUCUCUCGAGCAUUAUGGGAAGCCUGCAACAGCCAGAGAAUGAUUGUCAAGGCCAAAGUUCUCGGGGAGACGAUCAGAAAGGAGGACGGAGUUGACACGGCAAUUCAAUCUCUCUAUCGGGAUCUGGAAUACGCCAAAUCUCUCAUCAAGGGGAGAAAUGGGAAGACCGUUGACGAUCCACUCGAAGAUUCGGAAGAGAGCUGGACCUUCAUCGGCGAUGAUGGAGAUCCAGAACUCGUCCGACGCAUUCAUGACUGUUAG